AUGGAGGGCUUCGCGGACGAGGACAAGCAGGCGCCGGGUCAGGCGUCGGAUGAGAUGAUCCAGGCGGAGAACGAGGAGGUGGAGGCGCAGAACCAAGAAUCGCAAGACCGAGACACCUCCAUGGCAGAAGGCACAGACGAUGCGACGGUCAAGGAGCAGCAGCCCGAGGAAGCAGAUGCCUCGAAUGCGCCGAUAUCAGACAACCCCAUCGACGCACCCGAAGCGCCCAGACCCGAGAAUGCCGAGGAUGCUGGCGACGAUGCGGACAUGGCAGACACCAAGGACGGGAGCGAGGCCGUGGGAGCGACAGAGGCCGCGCCGGCCAUCACAAAAGCAGCGGUAGAGCAGUCGGCGCGGGCGCACCUGAUCGAACAGAACCAUGCCAUCAUCCUUCCUUCGUACAGCGCGUGGUUUGACAUGCACCAAAUCCACAGCCUCGAGCGCAAGGCGCUACCAGAGUUCUUCAACAGCCGGAAUCGCAGCAAGACGCCUGCAGUAUACAAGGACUACCGCGACUUCAUGGUCAACACAUAUCGUCUAAAUCCGGCUGAGUACCUGACUGUGACAGCAUGUCGGAGGAACCUGGCAGGCGACGUGUGCGCCAUUAUGCGUGUGCAUUCUUUCCUUGAGCAGUGGGGCUUGAUCAACUACCAGAUUGACCCAGACACGCGCCCGUCAAAUAUCGGUCCACCCUUCACAGGCCACUUCCGCAUUACUGCUGACACACCUCGAGGACUACAACCACUCCAACCUGCACCUAACAGCACAGUCACUCCUGGAAAGCCACACGCGGGCACAGAGCGCCUAGCUGCAGGCGGCAAAGCAGAUCUGAACUUAGAAGUUCGGAGGAACAUCUACGACGACAAGGGCAGGGAUGUCACCCCCGCGAAACCGGACACUGGAGAUGCAAAUGGCGAGGCAGGUAAGAGUCUGGAAGACAGCCUCAAGCAGGAUGGCAAGCAGUACUUCUGCUACUCGUGUGGCAAGGACUGCACGAGGGUGCGGUACCAUUGCUCGAAGAACCCUCCCUCCAGCGCCACAACUCCCAAGCCAACAAAGGACCACCGAUACGAUCUAUGCAGCUUGUGCUUCCAAGAAGCACGAUUCCCCUCCUCAACCACAGCCGCCGAUUACACAAAGCUGGAGAACGAGAAUUAUCGCAGCAUAGGCGACAAGGACUCACCAUGGUCCGACUCGGAACUCCUGCUCCUCCUGGAAGGUCUCGAAAUGUUCGACGACAACUGGGAGUCCGUCUCCGACCACGUCGGCUCCCGCACCCGCGAAGAGUGCGUGCUCAAAUUCCUGCAGCUCGAGAUAGAGGACCGCUACGUCGACGAAGCACCCUCCGCCAACGGUGCCUCAGCAUCCAUCGCCCAAGACCUCUCCUACCUCUCCGGCGGUCGUCUGCCCGUCAACCAGUUCGACAACCCCGUCCUCAGCGUCAUGGGCUUCCUCGCCGGCCUCGCCGACCCAGCCACUACCGCCAAAGCCGCCGGCAAGAGCGUAGACGAGAUGCGCAAGACGCUCCGCUCGCAGAUCGAACGCGAAGCCACUCCCGGCGCUGAGAAGUCUGCCGACGCUGCCUCAGCACCAGCCGAAGGCGGCGAAGCCGUUAAGAACGAGUCUCGCGCAGAAUCAAUGGAUGUAGACGACACCACCUCACUCGCCACCCGCUCGCCCCCAAAACAGUCCCAUGACCUCCCCACAACCGCACUCUCCCUCACCGCCGCCCGCGCCGCCGCCCUAGCCUCCCACACCGAGCGCCAACUCACCGCCCAAGUCUCCGCGGCCGUGAACCUCGAGUUGACAAAGCUGGAGCUGAAGAUGCAGCAGUUCAGCGAGAUGGAAGCGAUGCUGCAGGCCGAGCGCAGGGAAGUGGAGCGGAUGCGACAACGACUAUUCACGGAUCGAUUGGCUUUUCGGAAGAGGGUGCGGGAGGUGGAGGGGCAGUUGGGGAGGAUGAGGCUGGAUGUUGGGAUGGGAGAGAAGAUGGGGAUGGUAGAGGGGGAGGGCGCGGAGAGGGGGAGUGAGGGGCCGUAUCGGGAGGGUGGGGAGGGGUUUAUGAGGCAUGAGAUUUAG